GUCACACUAUUUUUGUGUAACAACUUAAAAAAUACAUUUUACACACUAUACUCGGGAAUGAUAAAUCUACCGAGGAUGCCAGAAGACGCGACGUUUUUGUCAUAAAAAAAGCGUUGCGCAAAGAUUUCGAACAGGUAAGUGGAAAUAAGAUGGAUCCGAGCUCCAGCGCCACGACUGUUCCGGCAGCUUUGACUGUGCAAGUAUGUUUCCCAUCUGUGCGUGCUGCUGUCCUGGACAACCUGAAUCACCAGCGAGAGGAGGGACGGCUGUGUGACCUGUCGAUCCACGUGCAAGGAAAAGUGUUCAAGGCCCACCGAUGUGUGCUUGCUGCGUCCUCGCCUUACUUCCAUGACCAGGUGUUACUGAAGAAUGUGACAACAGUUUCCCUCCCGUCAGUCAUGGACCCAGUAGCGUUUGAGAGCGUGCUAAGUUCUGCGUACACAGGCCAGCUGAGUAUCGUUCACGAUGACAUCGUCAACUACGUCACCGUGGCCAGUUUCCUCCAGAUGUGGCACAUCGUAGACAAAUGCACAGAGAUCCUAAAAAGACCCCGGCCCUCGGCAGAAGUAACCCCGCCGGACGCUUCGGCAGUUUACGCCGGCGGCGCAUCCAGACAGCAGUCGCCGAGCAGCACCGACUGUUUGUAUCUCGAGAGAGACGGGAGAAGGAAAGAGGCUCAUAAACCCGACGCCUUGCCUCCUUUAGCGACGUGGAGGCGCCCGCAGCAAUUUUCGAGAUGGGGGAGCUCGCGGCCCUCCUCGGGGCAGCACUUGGCCGACUCCCAACUGGAUGCCCUCCCAUACGCCGAGAGCGAUUACACCUGCUGCGAAGAGACUUGCGACGGCAAAAGUAGCCAUUUCGGCCACGGUUGCCCAAGCGCAGAGAUAUUGAAACAGAAGCUCAGGUGUCAGCCUCGAGCAGCUCUGCAGAGUGUCGACAGGCAGAGCGAAAGGAACACCGGCGGUGAGGGCGGCGACACACCGCAGAGGAAGAAGAAUGAGAAACGAGAGCUGGAGGCAGAUGAAGGAAUUGGAGAAGAGGCAGUGGAGAAGAAAGAAGGAUUUGCACCAACGGGUCAUUGUGGAGACUUGCAGCCUAUGUUAGUCGAGAGCGAAGAGUCGAGACGAGCCCCGACGAAGUUGAGUUUGGUGGCGGUACGAGCUAAAUCGCAGAUAUUGUCCAGCGUGCCGCCUUGUCAUAAAGCCGAAAGCCCUUUGGGAGAACCCUGUGCCGUUUUAGCCCGAGUGCAGUGGCAAGCAGGUCCCUGGUCUCAACAAGAGUCCAGACCACAAGACGGGGAGGUGGUCGCUAAAGCCGAGGAGGGCUUGCCAUGUCUCACAGAGGGCAAAUUUCACUCUGAGACAUAUGACGAGAUUGAAGAUGGGACGGGUCAGGUUUCCCAGAGACCCCUGGUGCCCGCGUCGCCCGAUUUCACCAUAGCUGCCUCGGAGGGGAGCUGGCCCUCCACCAGUAUGGUGCAGAGCGGCUCCUCCUUAACCCUGUCCUCCAGUCGCCAUUUGCCGCCCUCUUCCGCCAGUCUGCCGCCGCCACCCUCGUCACCCCCAACGCCGUCGUCGUCGUCAUCCUCGGUGGCCAUGGCCAGCGCCCCCUACUCGGGCAAAGUCCAUUUCUGUCACUGCGGCAAAGCCUUCACGCUGAAGAGCAUGCGCGACCGCCACGUGAAGAUGCAGCAUCUCAACCUGCGGCCUUUCGGCUGCCCCGUUUGCAACAAGUCCUUCAAGAUGAAACAUCAUCUCACCAAGCACCUGAAGACCCACGGGGGGCUGCGGCCUUACGAGUGCGGCGUGUGCGGGAAGAAGGUGAUCUGGAGAGACAGCUUCCUGAGGCACCAAGCCAGAUGCGAAAGGAUCGCUUCCUCCGAUAACAACGCGGGCUCGGCUCGGGCCGACAUGGACGAUGGCUACGGUUACUCGUUUGACGGCGGGGACGCCUUUCUCUCCAUGGGAGGACAAGUGAAAGUGGAGGAAGUGGAUUUCAACGGGGACAUGGAGGAUGGGAUGAGCGGUUUGCUGGGAAGUGUGUCCGGGAUUGUGGAAGAACUAAGAACUCAACAAUUAGACACUGGUGGCCAUGCAUACAAAGAGGAGGCGGGAGAGAGCUUUGAGGAAACAAAAGUAGUUUGAAACCAUCCACGCGAGUCUCGAAUCUAGAAGUGUCACUCCAUGUAAAAUCUAAACUAAGGAUUUUCCCUUCGACGCAAAGAUUUUCACUUCAUUUUGAGAUGUGGUUGGAAGGGAAAGGGACCUUCCAUAACUUUGAAACUGCACUUGUACUGCAAUUUAUGAUUGACCAGACCUAUGGUCAAUAUCAUUGACCAGACCUAUGGUCAAUAUCUAUAUCAAGAUAUAGAUAUUUUUUUGUCUUGAGUUACAUGCAAAAUGUAUCUUCAAUGCUAUGAGGCUUGAUAUCAUCCAUCCACUUAUACCCACAAGGGUCACGGGGGCAUGAAUCUUUAAUUAGCAAAAAAAAAAAAAAUUGUGUGUGUGUGUGUGUACAAGUACUCCAACGUUUAAAGAAAAUCUGAGAGGCGAAAGGAGAUAUAUAUACUGUUUUGCACAAUGUGAAGGAAAAACAUAGUUUUUUUAAAAUACUACUUAAUGAAAAUGGUUAUUGCUCACCUUUAUUUAUGCGACUGAAACAGUCCUUUUUUAAUGUUCACUCACUGGAUACUAAUGAGGUACAUCUUCCAGUAUGGAUAGUGGUAUCAAAUACACUACUAAAAGAGCACUAUCGAAAAAAAUCUGGUUGUCUUGUACCUGACCUUUCAUUGCCAAGUAAGGCAAUCAGACAGUUUUUGAGUUUAUGUUUUGGACUGUCAUUAAAUUGUGAACAAUGUUGUGGCCAUUGUGUGUUAAAGAAGGCUCAUUAACUUGAAAGUAUCCUCCCCUGUUCAGUGUCUAUUAUCCUUUAAUGUGCCUUUGCAUUAAAAUUGUCAGCUUAACGCAGCGGUGUGAAGUAACGAUGUAAAAAUACCUAUGCAGAAAUUUGAGGUAUUUAUCAUUUCGUGGGAUCGUUAUUUUAAAGCCUAUUUUGUACUUCUAUUCCUCACAUUUUUACGCAAAAUUGUGUACUUCUGCUUUGUACUCCUUACACAUGGACACAAAGUCUCGUAAAAAAUCCUUUUCGAUUGUGUUAAUUUCAAUUUAUGGAUUUUCAAAAAACGAAUACAUCGCGCGAAGAUCGCACCUGCAUCAAAUUAACGAACCAUUGACAACUUGCCACACUCGAAUUCGUGCGGACGCACGGCUUCUCUUUGUUUCAACCGAGUCGGCGGCAGUGAGGUUCUAGCCAGAUAUUUUAUUAAAGCUAGUUAGUUAUAAAAUAACUCAUAUCGAAUGCGCUGCGAACCUUACGAACCGAACCGAAGGACCACCGGCUAAUGGCUAGCCGGCUAACUCGCCGUCGAACGUAAAAAGCAAUUUGAGGUAAAUAUGAAAGUUUAUCAAGCGGGGAUAACGGUGUGACACUGCAUUAGACUUCAAACACAUUUUUGAGUUUUAUUGAUAAAUGUAUUACAUCCAGUAAUGUACAAUGCUCAGCUAAUCGUAAAUAUAAAAUUUGUUAUGGUUUGCUGACAAGCAACAAGCUCUGUUUCAAUAUCGCAAACGCUGGGUGGUUCUGUGUGAGAUAUUUGAAAUUCGACUUUCACCAAAUCAGAUUUUAGACAUCUAUUGUUGUUUAAAGGUCUGUUAUUACUCUAUGUAAUAUUUGAAAGUAACACGAAUUAUUUCUGGCCAGUUUUGUCAUCUUCCACCGGCGACCCUCACUCAUUCCUGCAGUUAAGUUUGGAUGGAAACUUUUGGACCAGUGCAGGUUAGUCAUGACACGCCAUUGAAGUUGGACUUUUUGAACCAUUGCAAAACUGAAGUACCUGUCGUCAAUGUUUUAACGGAAUGACUAAAGAGUGAAAUAAAAAUUCUCUUGGGAUACUAAAAUUAUAAGUACCGUAUAUGAAAAUCAUUUUCACGGAUGUUUUUUUCUCUCAAUGUUUUCAUGAAAAAAAUACCGUAACACUAUUAUUCUUUAUAAAAACAAGUCAUGAUUGAAUUGAACAAAUUGCACAGAAUGUAAUUUUUUUAAAACUCAAUGGACAUUAUUUUGCUUCUUCUGGUGUGUGCUUUAGCCAUCUGGGAGCAGUGUACUGUAAUAUUGUAGUUGGAUCCGUUCCCAGGGCAUUAAGCUGCAGUAACAUUCAUUCUUUGCGGAAGACAAAGAAUCUUUCAUGAGUGUUAUUUGUUUUCAUGUUACUGAACCAUUUGUGUUUAAAUAUCUAUUGUUUAAAGGGUUACAAAGCUGCAAUGAUGAUGCUGUUCAUUAGCCUGUCUAUGGUGUUUCCCAUUAUGUGUAAGCAUGAAGCUAGCAGACAUUGACAUAGUUUAUUACCAGCCUGCAGCACUUUCAUCACAUUUAAAUGUAAUGUUAAAAACAAUGUAAAAAAAUGACAGACGAAUUGUCAGACUUAAGAACUUUUAAUAUAAUAGUGCAGUUUAAUGAACAUAGCAAGGAGUAAACUAAAGUAUUUGUUUCUAUUAGGCUGCAUGUUUAAACGUUCACAAAUAUGACAAAAUCAACAAGUGUUAAUUUUUAAUAAAAACACCAAAACACCCUUUGGCAUUGACUCAUUAAAAUAAGCACACAUCUCGAAGUGACAACAAUAUUCACAAGGAAGACUACAU